AUGGAGAUAGUUUUACCUGAAUUUAGGGUUCUUGAUGCAAUUUCAAACUCUGACAGUAGUUCGCCAUCGCCAAUCAAAAAUCUCGAAAUAUACGGAACUAAAUCGCAAAUAUCAUCAUUGCGAAAUUAUGAUCAUGAUCGUAUCAAAUCAAUUAGCACCAAAAUUAACCCAGGCAAUUCUUAUGAAAAUCAUGUUAAUGGCGACGUAGAACCACGUAAGAUUAAACGUCGGACUCGAAAUUCUAUCCGAAAUUCUUCUAACUCUUGUAGUUCACAAGGAACUUUAUUGAACCUGGAUUCUGAAUUAUUUGAAGACGAUAAUUCUAUCAUGGAAAGUGAUGAUGAACAAACAAGUUGUGAUAAAAAAACAAGUAGUAAUGCGCAAAUAAGUGGUGAACGAAAAACAAAUCAAUUUUCAACUUCACAUAGCAAUGUACAAAAGGAUAAAGUUCACCUUCUUUCGAAACCCAAUACUGAACUAAGUGUUUUUACAAUGAUAAUUUUGGUUUCUUUGGCAUCGUAUAUUCUUGGUUCUUUGGGCUUCGGAUGUAUUUGGAUAUUUGUGCUUUAUCAUUGUGUGAGAUGGUAUAUUAAUACAAUAAAAAAUGAUAAUGAAAGCAUUACAUGGGAGAAUAAUCGUCAAAUUUCUUUGGAUAAACUUAGAAGAAAUGAAGGUGAAACCGUAGAAUGGCUAAAUUAUUUAUUACUACAAAUUUGGCGAACACUUGAUCCAUCACUUUUGAUUGGCCUUCGAGAUAUGCUUGAAGAUGCAAUGUCACGUAGCGCUCCAUCUUUCGUGCGCGCAACAGAUAUCGAAGCGUUUGAGAUCGGUUUAAUUGCCCCACGAAUUGACAGUAUCAAAAUAUUUCCAAUAUCUGAAAGCGAAGAUUAUGAGGAUGUCGUGAUUGGUGAAGCAAGAUUCUCGUUCCGUGCGAAAUCAAAAACAUUUCAAGACCCUCCACCACCACACAUCCUCGCAUGGAUAAAAACCGGAAUUUCAGCGUUGAUCCCAAUUAGAGUUGAAAUACUAGCGCUUGUCGCUUCAAUUCAUUUUGAAAUAAAAUUAACUGGAACUUCACCUUUCGUAUCAACUGCAAGAAUAAGUUUUCUGAGCGUACCAAAAUAUGAAACUAGUAUUAUGCCAUUAAUACCGAUAAACAUUACUCAAUUCCCUCUAAUCAAGCAAUUCAUUAGUACUGCUGUGCACUCAGUACUUGAAGACCUUACAUAUCCCAAAUUCAAAGAUAUUAAUUUGGGCGAGCUAUUAGUGGCGAGUACCGAUAAUGAUACACAAACAAUUGGCAUAAUGAAGGUUGAUAUCUUCGAAGCUAGGAACCUGACAAAAGUUGAUGUACAUGGUGACAAUGAUCCAUAUGUGAUAUCAUCAUUAGACCCACCUCCAUAUAUGCAUAUACAAAACACUACUCGUAUCAUAGAAAAUUGUGCAAAUCCUGAAUGGAAUGAAACAUUCUUUCAUAAAAUUCCACACCUUGACAUUGUUGAUGAACAUAUAAAAUUUAAGUUGAGCGUCAUGGACUGGGAUAGAUUUACUUCUGAUGACCUUAUUGGAAAUUUAUGGAUUGAUAUUAAAAAUAUGAUUGGUGAUGGAACUAAGAAAGUUAAAAUUCAUGAUGGGUGGCACGAUCUUUAUCUUAAACCUAUAGAUUCAUCAUCAUCGUCAUCCUCUCGUGGACAAUUACGAUUUCGGCUUGAAUAUUUUCCAAAGUUACCUAAAAAUAUUGAACCAUCUCGUAACCAAACCUCCGGAAUUCUUGGUCUCCAAAUUCAUCAGGCCAUGAGCUUGCAAGUUACGGCUGCACCAUAUGUUAAAGAAGCAUCUGAAAUUGUCUUGUCUGAUAAUGUUUACAACGCAACAUACCCAAACCCUUAUUGUGUCGUAUAUUUGAAUGACAUUCGAG